AUGUUCGCUUCUCCCACUUAUCAAAAUUACAUAUUUGGAUCUCCGGACUCCAUUGUCCCUCUCUACAGGCAGAUGAUCCAUCCAAGAAUCCCGCAGCUCGCGGUGAUAGGCUACUCAGAGUCGCUGUCGAAUAUAUUCACGUUCGAAAUGAGGUGCAAAUGGCUGUCGCAUUUUCUUGACGGGGGGUUCGCGUUGCCGAAUAUAAGAGAUAUGGAGGAGGAGAUUGAGGGGUGGGAGAAAUACAUGAAGAGGUAUGCAGGCAAUGAGAAUUUUAGAAGGUCUUGCAUUGGUGGGGUGCCUAUUUGGUACAAUGAUCAAAUAUGCAGAGACAUUGGGUCUACUCCCAAAAGAAAGAAUGGCUUCUUUUCUGAGAUGUUUCAGCCUUAUGGCCCAGCCGACUACCACCACCUAUAA